UGGAAGCCAUCAGGAAUGGGCGUGACUUCGAAGCGUGGCACUGUCUGCGGGGCGGGGCCUUGGGUCGUACAGGAAAAGAUAAAGAAAGCGAGGACAUCUGAGACGAAAACGAUGGCUGCAAUUCGUAAGAAGCUUGUAAUCGUUGGAGAUGGAGCAUGUGGAAAAACGUGUUUACUCAUCGUUUUCAGUAAAGACCAGUUUCCUGAGGUCUACGUACCCACAGUGUUCGAGAACUAUGUUGCUGAUAUAGAGGUGGAUGGCAAACAGGUGGAACUGGCUCUAUGGGACACAGCUGGACAAGAGGACUAUGACAGGCUGAGGCCCCUGUCCUACCCAGACACUGAUGUCAUCCUCAUGUGCUUCUCCGUAGACAGCCCUGACAGUUUGGAGAAUAUUCCUGAAAAAUGGACACCAGAGGUGAAACAUUUCUGUCCAAAUGUUCCAAUAAUUCUGGUGGGUAAUAAAAAAGAUUUACGGAAUGAUGAUCAUACUCGAAGGGAGCUGCUUAAGAUGAAACAGGAACCAGUUAAACCAGAGGAAGGGCGAGACAUGGCUAAUCGCAUCAAUGCGUUUGGCUAUCUCGAGUGUUCAGCUAAAACUAAGGAUGGUGUGAGGGAAGUGUUCGAAAUGGCCACAAGAGCGGCACUCCAAGCCAAGAAACGUGGCAAGAAGAAUGCCUGUGCUUUGCUAUAGAGACCUGGGAGGAAAAGAAAGAGGGAGGGAAAGGGGUAACCAAACUAGGCCAAGGAAUAUGAAAGAGCUACAAAGUUAAUUGGUGGGGGGGGGGGGGGGGGGUGGCAUUUUCAGUCCAGGCCAAAGGAAACUUCAGAAGAUAGUAGUGAUAACUGUACCGGCGAAAAGGGACUUCGAUAUUUUUAUGGCCAAUAUGUUUGCCAUCAGUCCUCUAUUAAAUCAAGAUUAGUUGGCCUUAAGCCUUCAGACUGAUCACAAGCUAAGGAAAGUGUAUUAGUAGACUAAAGAUUGAUGUGUUUUCACAGUGGCUCACAAUUAAUGGGGUGGGAUUAUUUGUGAUGUAUUCUUUUGCCCAUACCACAUCUUCUGGUUAGAAGAGCAGCAUUGUAAGAACACAAAUGACUUGGUCUGAAAAGAUUCCUUUUUUUUUUUUUUUGGCACCAAGUACAUUAUUCAGGGUGUGUAAGGCAUUAGUUAGUACCCUACAUUGUGUAUAUUAAAUGUCAAGGAGGGAGUCAAGACAUUGGCCAUAUGACACAAUGCUCCCAUGAUCCCCUUGAGAAAGCUCCCAGGGACCCAGUGGCAUCUUAUGUAAAUCAUUUAUUACUGUCCUUCGUAAUACCAUUUUCUGUUUAACAAUUCUGUUUUUCCUACUUAAACAUGUUAAUAUUGUUGGUUAAUACAGCUGGUUCCUCUGUGACCUCCUGUGCUGUCAAAAUUGACUGGUUUAAAAAUAGUUGAAAGUAGUUGUAGUCUUACAGUUUCUUAAAUCAAUAAGAAUGAAAUGCAUAUAUAUUUUUUGUUGCCAUUUGCCUAUAAAAUUCAAAGUAAAAUGCAUUAAGCAAUGACCAUGUUUACAUGCACUUAAGAAAGGGUUUUUGCAGAAAGUGUUCUGAAACGUCAUGUAAAUGAGAAUGCCGAUUUCCUUAUGCCGUGAAAGGGGUUUAACACACCUAGGUUUCUCCCAGAGAAAGCUGCUAAUGUGGCCAUGUAAACACAUACACUGCGUUCUAACAGGUUUUUGAAGAGUGCGCAUGUACGUGGAACAGACCGAAUAACAAAUGUCAUAGGAUGGAGCCUAACAUCAAGUCACAUCAUCAACAAAACAUUUCUGGGAGUACAGUGUGAAAAGCACAUACACUAUAAACUUCAACCAUUUAUAAACACCACUGUAAAAUAUUGACAGUCCCUCACGUUCUACUCUCCUACAUUGAGGGAAUCCCAGAGUUUUACGUAAAGGGAAACACCACUAUUGAAGUGCAAUUCCACUGCAGGUCAUGAUAGAAAGGUAAGGAAACAAACAGCAACAACUGUGGAAUAUCUUGAAAUGAAGCGAAGCAACAGAGAAUAAAAUAGUAAAGUCUUCCUCGGAUACCAUGUUUGUUAUUUAUACAGGCGUUGGGGGUAAUUAAGUUGCUGUGGAAAAAGCUGCUUACUGACAGAGCUGCAUGUAUACAGGAAUAAAGAGUACACCACUUAUACAGUGCAUGUAAACAAGAACGCUUCUCGCAAUAACCCGCUUUCUGGUGUCCAUGUAAACGUAGUCAAUGAUGAUACUAAUUCACCUUUUUGUAUUUUAUGUGCUUGCUUAUGUAUUGUAAUUAAAAUAAAAACUUUUGGUUAACCAGCACUAGUGGAGGUCAAAGCAAAACUACAGAUGUGACUGCAGUUUUAUAUGUUGACUGUCAGACACUGUAUGAUUUUGGCCAAUAUAUACUUGUCAAAGUGUUUUCUACUAGGUGACGGUUAAAGUUCUGCGUAAACAUCGGUUUUCACGUAUUCCUCUUGCCAAAUGUAAUAUCUGUUAAUUUCACACUGUAUAAAUGAGAAACUCCCUCCAUUUUCAAUACAUUUUUCUUUUAAUCCCCUCUUCUACUGUACAGUAUGUUUUUAUUUUUGUGAAAUUCUACUGGCUUAUGCUAUAUCAUUUUUGCGUAUUUUACAAAUUCUAAUAUCUUAGAAUUUAAAAGUUUUGAAACAAAUAAAGGAAACCAUAGCAAAAAUUUGAUUUUGAGAGAGCUGUUUAAUGCCAUAUUAUUAAAUGCAAGUAAUUUCUUUGAAGAGAUUCUGCAUUUCAUUGUAAGAAAAAAAUAGCCUUUGAUGCAUCAAUUAUCUUUUGUAUACCAGUGCAUCUUUGGAUUUACACAGACUCAUUUGAAAUGUAUUGAAAAAAUAAAUUCUUAUAGGGUAA